UGAUUGUUAUUUGUUAGCAGUCGCCACUCCAUGGUAGACUCGCGUAGUCGUGUGCGAUUGACAACCGAUUAAUUCGAUACAAAUCGAUUAAAAUGUCGUAAGCCCUGCCGUCGAUAAACAGUGCGUAAAUAACAUGGAGGUCGAGAAAAAAGUGGAUGAAAGUGCAGUGAUGGAGAAGCCUAAUUACAUGCUUAUGUCCUUGCAAAGGAUACUGGUGUUGUUUGUAAUAUUGGCUAGUGUUAUUGUGGUUGUUUAUUAUACGCCUAUGCCAGAGGAAUACUUCGAAAACUGUGAUCGAGAAUGCCAUGAGCUUGAUUGGCCGAUGAUAUGUAGAGUAAAACUAGUAAUAGAAGUUUAUAAAACGUAUAGCAAAUCCUGUAGCAAUUGCCUAGAAGUAGAAAAGGAUUGUCCACCCAUGUGUAUCACAGCCGACGGUAGAGUACGAGGUGUACUCUCGGCUAACAGGGAACUACCGGCUCCAGCUUUUCACGUGUGCCAAAAUGAUAUUCUUGUUGUGGACGUUGUGCAUCGGGCACCGGCACAUGCGCUGUCGAUGCAUUGGCGAGGACAACCACAGAAAGAAACUCCAUUCAUGGAUGGCACCCCCAUGCUAACACAGUGCCCUCAACCAGCCUACACCACAUUCCAGUAUAAAUUCCGAGCUUCUAAAGCCGGUACUCACAUGUACCACGCACACUCCGCUGCUGAUGCAGCUGAUGGUCUAGCCGGCGCUUUGAUUGUCCGUCAAUCGCCACGACUCGAUCCUUUAAAGAAAUUGUACGAUAUCGACGCCACUGAUCAUACUAUUUUUGUGGUAGAGUGGGGGCAUUCUAUGGGCCCACUCGCUGGAAUUACCUCUAAAGUUCCAGAUGCAGAAUCUUUAUUAAUUAAUGGGAAAGGAAACACUGCUGAAUCACCAAAUGCACCGUUAUCCACUUUUAACGUUGAAUAUGGCAAACGCUACAGAUUCCGCCUCGCAUACGGUGGCGGUAUUAAAAGUUGUUCCAUUAAAUUUAAUAUUGAAGAUCACAUACUAAACCUAGUUGCGCUAGACGGAGAUAUGAUAGUUCCUGAGUAUGUUAAUAGUAUUACAAUGGGUCGAGGUGAACGCGCAGACUUCAUAUUGGAAGCUAAUAAAAUGUCCGGUGUUUAUGAUGUGAAAGUUGUUGCCGAUAAUAAGUGUCAAGAAAAUUUGGAAGGUGUUGCCAAAUUAGUGUAUCAAAAUAAAGAACAUAAAACUUUAGAAAAAGAAAAUACAGUGGCUGAUGUUAUAGCAGAUAAAGGUUUUACAACAGUGAUUAGUGAUUUGUGUAAGGACGAUAAUGUGUUGUGUUUGAACGAAGUGCAUUCAUCGAGUCACCUCCCGGAAAGUCUCUCUGGAUUAACAGAUGAGACUAUUUACGUGCCCUUCAAUUAUUCGACUCGUCAAAUAUCUGCGAAACGUGUCGAGAGUUGGGGCCAAACCGAUGGUCAUCGUUUCACGUAUCCAGAAUCUCCCCUGUUGACGCAGGCAUCUGACGUAUCUUCACAGUCUCUCUGUUCCUCUGAAGCUGGUCAUGCAGAGGAGUGUGUGCAUGUCAAGAACAUCCCCUUGGAUUCCACGGUGGAAAUUGUCAUGUUUGAUCAAGGUGGCGAAUCUGAUCAUAUAUUCCACUUGCACGGCUACAACUUCUAUGUGAUCGGAGUACAGCAGUUCAACAGAAGUUUAGACAAAGAUCAGGUGAAACAAAUGAACGAGGAGGGAACUUUGUUCACUUCGAAAAAUUUACAUGAUCCCGUAAUGAAAGAUACGAUAGUUAUACCUAAGUAUGGAGUGGUCGGUUUGCGUUUCAUCGCGAACAAUCCGGGGUAUUGGAUGAUGCGAGACGAGAGGUCUGCCCAUUGGACAAGGGGUCUCGAUUUUGUUUUAAAAGUCGGUACUGAAAAAGACUUCGUACAAGCGCCGGCAGACUUUCCCAAGUGCGGCUCCUAUGUCGGCCCCGAGUACUUUUUAAUUUAGUUGACUGAAGAUAAUUGAUAAGGUUUAUUUAUUGGUGUUGUGAUAGAAUUGUGUGUUGGAAUUGGAGCAUUAAAUACGCUCGCUUUUGAACAUGAUCGAAAAUUAUUUUAUGUAUUGAAUAUAUUUUCCUAUCUUUGUACGUAAUUGUAUUUAAUUUACGUAUAAAUGUACUUUGAAGCAAUUGGGUCACAUGUAGUACGUGAGUUUUGAUAUUAUAUCAACAUUUUUUUGCAGAAUAGGCCCUUGUGAUUUAAAAACAAAUACGGAUUGUUUUUCUGUAUUUUUAUAAUAAGCGGUAUGUGAAUUUCUUUUUUAACUAUCUAUAAUGAAAUACUACAAUGUAAGCUUGUGAUAUUUUUGUUAAAAUAAUGCGUCAAAAUGACCGUGUAUAUAGCAUACUUUUUAUACGAGAACAAUUAAUGUAUAAAUAAUAUUAAUUACAUAAUAAACAUAUACACAUGUUA